GAUGAUUUCAAUGUUCAACAUGGGAAAAAUUGCAAUGCAGGAUGGACGUCAGAUGUAGUAUGUCGAGUAAAUCAAAAAGGUCCACUAAUUUUGAGCCAUCAAAUCUUUGUGAUUCUGCUGAAGGAGGUAAACAAACGUCUUCCAACGGAGCAAUGAGUGGUAAAAGAAUGAAGAAAGAUGAUAGUGGAAUCAAUGUUGUUCCGGAAAGUGAAAGUUCGGAUGAUAAUGAAGCCAGUGUCAAUUUGGAAGAUAAAAUUACUAGCUCAAUAAGGAGUGAAAAGCAUUCUGAGCCAAAUAGUCCUGAUUCAGGUAAUCUUGAUGUUAGCAUCAUAGAAUCAGAGCAACAAGAUCAUAAAGAAAAAGAUUUGACUGAUGAUUCUCAAUUAAACAAUUCAGAAGAAAGAACUGCAGCGCAAAAUAAGAAUUCCGAUAGUUCAGCUGUCAGUUCAAAAGAAGGUGCAUCAACAUCUAAAAGUGAUAGUCAGUCAACUGGUGCAAGUUGUCUUAAACCACUGACUACUUCAAGUUCUGAUGCAGAUAGUGACUUUGACGAAGUUGAGCCUCAAAAAGUGGCUAAAAAGAAAGCAAGAGAUGCUUUGAAAUACGAUCCUACUCCAUUGACACCUAAACCAAAGCAUAAUUGGUUUGUUCCCAAAUCUUUCAUAUCUCGGCAAUAUGGUAAUUCUUCUAAAUAUUCGCCAGAUCUCUUCAGGUAUGACUGUUAUGGUAGUCUUCAUGUUGUUGAACGUUUAGAGCUUAUGUACAAAAUGAAGAAACAUGAUGGAUGUGUAAAUGCUUUGAAUUUCAAUGCAAGUGGUACAAAACUUGCUAGUGGAUCAGAUGACUUAAGCAUAAUUAUUUGGGAUUGGACUAUAUCAGAACCAUUGAUUGAAUAUAGCAGUGGUCAUAGAAGUAAUGUAUUUCAGGCAAAGUUCAUGCCGUUGAGUAGAGAUUGCUACAUUGUGAGCUGUGCUCGAGAUGGACAAGUACGUAUUGGAGAGUUAUCAUCAGAUGGUUCUUGCCGGUCAACACGAAAAAUUGCUCAACAUAGAGGAGCUGCUCAUAAACUUGCUGUUCAAAUGGAUUCUCCUCAUACUUUUUUAAGCUGUGGUGAAGAUGCUGCUGUUUUUGGAAUAGAUUUGAGGAAGGAAAAACCUGAAAAACUGGUGGUAUGCAAAGAAGGUGAGAAAAGGGUUCCUCUGUAUUCAAUAUUUAUAAACCCUUCUAAGUCAUAUGAAUAUAUUGUAAGUGGUCGACAUCACUUUGUUAAAGUAUAUGAUACUAGAUUUUUAAAGAAAAAUGAUGGGUUUUUAAAGCAGUACUGUCCACUGCAUCUGGAAAACAAUGACAUAAGGGCCAAUGUUACUUCUGUUGCUUAUAAUUAUAAUGGACAAGAAAUUCUUGCCUCUUACAAUGAUGAAGAUAUAUAUAUAUUUGAUUCAAAUGAAUCUGAUACAUCUAAGUAUGUUCAUAGAUAUUCAGGGCACAGAAAUAGUCAAACAGUGAAAGGUGUGAAUUAUUUUGGUCCAAAAAGUGAAUUUAUUGUUAGUGGCAGUGAUUGCGGAUAUAUAUUUUUUUGGGAGAAGCAAUCCGAGCAUGUUGUGCAGUUUAUGUAUGCAGAUGAAAAUGGAGUGGUAAAUUGCUUAGAGCCAAAUCCAAUCAUGCCAGUUUUGGCAUCAAGUGGUUUGGAUGAUGAUAUAAAAAUCUGGGUUCCUUCUUGUGAAAAGCCUCCUAAUCUUAAUAGUCUUAAAAAUCAUUUGAUUGCAAACAUGAAAGAAAGAGAUGAAGAUAGGCGUAGAGAUUGCCCUGAUGAAUUUGUCGACCAAACUGUUUGGUUUCUGAUGCAGUAUUUAGGAAGACCUCGUCGAAGAACUAUAUGGCUUGAGAACCAAGGUGCCGAAGCAAGUAGCAAUUCAAAUUCUUCUGAUUCUGAUAAUCAAGAAGAAGAUGCUGAUAUUUCCCAAGCCAUUCAGUGCAAUCAAUCUUAAGUUACGCAACGAAAAAUGUUUUCACAGAUAUUUAUUUAAACUCCUAAGAGCUACUGGACUGUUACUGUGAUUGUUUCAUAACAAUUUAUAUACAUAUUUUUUUUUCUUUUCCUUUUGCAAAUUAGUGCAUAGUGUUUAAUAUUUUGAUUUGAAUUUUUGUUUAAAGCUGCUCUGGCCUUAGCUAAAAUGUAAAUAUUUAUAAAAACCAGUGUUCAGACUAAUAUUUAAUGUGUGUUUUUUUUUUUUUUUUGUAAAAUUAAAAUUAUUGCCUAUAUGCUAAAUACUAUAAUAA